CAUGGCAGGCGUGAGGCUGGUGCAGGAGGGCAGAGUGAGCCUGUUCAGCUUUUUUCUGGGCGCCUUGGUCAUCUUCCUGCCGUUGUUAACGAGCCGGUUUACAGGGCCCGACCAGACCCUCCUGACUGCCACACCGGGCAGGAUAGCGUUAGUUCUGUUCGUGGCGGCUGUGAAUGGCUUUCUGCUGCUCGUCUACCGGGCUCGGCUGUAUCAGGUAGCCAUUAGGGGUGCCUUCUUGGGCUUUGCCUUUGGAUGUGGUCUGCUCCUGAGUGUUACUCAGUCACCAUGGAAACACUUUGGAUGGUACAUGUGCUCCCUGUCCUUCUUCCAUUACUCUGAAUAUUUGGUAACGGCGCUGAACAAUCCCAAAAGUCUGUCGUUGGACUCCUACCUCCUUAAUCACAGCUUGGAGUACACCCUGGCUGCUGUCUCCUCUUGGGUAGAAUUUACCAUAGAGAGAAUACUCUUCCCAGACCUGAAGCAGAUCACGUGGCUGAGUGUUAUCGGAUUGAUAAUGGUGCUCUUCGGGGAAUUGCUUCGGAAGUGUGCGAUGCUCACGGCCGGCUCCAAUUUCAAUCACAUCGUACAGAAUGAGAAAUCCGACUCGCACACUCUGGUAACAUCCGGCGUGUAUUCCUGGUUCAGACAUCCAUCAUAUGUCGGCUGGUUUUACUGGAGCAUCGGAACUCAGAUUUUACUGUGUAAUCCGAUCUGUUUAGUGGGAUACACGCUCGCGUCCUGGAGAUUCUUUCGAGAGAGAGUGGAGGAAGAAGAAUAUUCUCUGAUUCACUUUUUUGGAGAACAGUAUUUGGAAUACAAGCGGAAAGUUCCCACGGGCCUCCCCUUCAUAAAAGGAGUGAAAGUGGAGCCCUAA